AAUAGCUAGGGAGGGGGAAAUCGCUGAGUCGGGCGUGGCAGUCAGCCAAUCUUUCUUGUUAUCUCUGGGUAAAUGAAAGCUGACAGCUAGACUACCUUUCUUGCAGCGUCCACAGACAAUUUCCGUCGAUUUGCUGGGUGUAAAAAACGUUGAAUUGCGCCUCGAUCCUCGCUGAGGAAAUAUCUUUCCGGACGAACGGCACGACACUCCGUUUAAGGACGACAGACAGACAACGCUCAUCAUCGCGAAAUAUAGACGCAGGCAGCAUGUCCACCCCCACUGUCACAGAGUUGAAAGAGCUGAACCCAGUUGACUUCAUCCAGCUACAGCAGUACAUUGACUACUGCAGGCUGAGGGUUAAAGAUGUGCUGAGGGAAUUUGAUGCAGAUGGCAGGCUGGCCCAGCACAGACAUGGAGAGUGUAUCAAUGAGGAAGGCUUCCGUCUCUUCCUGAAGACCUAUUUGGAGGUUGAGGACUUCCCUAAGGAUCUCUGCCAGCGCCUGUUCCGAUCCUUCCAGAGCGGAACCGAACUGGACGGGCAGAACAACGCCAAAGAGGUCUUUCUGAAGGACGUUUCGUGUUACUUCUCUCUGUUGGAGGAUGGCCAGCCCAGAGACAAGCUGGAGUUUGCUUUCAAACUGUAUGACAGAGAUGGCAAUGGAGUCCUUGACAGCUCUGAGGUGGACCGGAUCAUUGCUCAGAUGAUGCACGCUGCAGAUUACCUGGACUGGGAUGUGUCUGAGCUGAGACCAGUGCUGAAGGACAUGAUGACAGCCAUCGACGCAGACAGCAGUAACACGGUCUCUCUGGAUGAGUGGGUGGAAGGCGGAAUGAACAACGUCCCUCUGCUGGUAUUACUUGGGCUGAAGAUGACUCAGAAGGAUGGGCAGCACCUAUGGAGGAUGAAAAAUUACAACAAGCCUGUCUACUGCAACGUGUGUCAGAGCAUGCUGCUAGGACUGAGGAAACAGGGGCUUUGCUGCACCUGUUGUAAAUACACGGUCCAUGGACGCUGUGCCAACAGAAACCCAGCUCCCUGUACCAGGACCUAUGUCAAGUCUAAGAAAGACACGGGAGUUCCAACCCAUGACUGGGUCAGUGGGAACUGUGACUCUGGGAAGUGUGACAAGUGUCAGAAGAAGAUCAAGAGUUAUCACGGGCUGACGGGCAAACACUGUGUCUGGUGCCACUCCAUGCGCCAUGAUGACUGUGCCUCCCAGGAGCCCUCCGACUGUAACUGUGGAACUCUCAGAGACCAUAUCCUCCCCCCUUGGGCCAUCUACCCUGUUAUGAAGGAGAAGCCUAACAGCAUGAAGAAUGGCUCCUCGAGCUCAGCCGGCGACAGUGACCACAACACCACUCCUGACGGAAAGGUGCUUCAGAUUGAUCCGGUCCCAGACACUCAUCCUCUUUUAGUGUUUGUGAACCCUAAAAGUGGAGGCAAGCAGGGAGAGAGAGUUCUGCGUAAAUUCCAGUAUUUGCUGAAUCCACUGCAGGUGUAUAACCUAUCCAAUGGUGGACCUGGACCAGGGCUGUGCUUCUUCAGAAAUCUGAAGGAUUACAGGAUAUUGGUUUGCGGAGGGGACGGCACUGUGGGCUGGAUACUUGAUGCCAUAGAAAAAGCCAAACUUCAAGUGCGGCCACCUGUGGCUGUGUUACCCCUGGGCACAGGAAAUGACCUUGCACGUUGUCUUAGAUGGGGAGGAGGUUAUGAUGGGACGGAUCUGUGUCGGAUCCUGAAGGAGAUUGAGGGCAGCACCCCGGUGCUGAUGGACCGCUGGAAUGUAGAGGUGAUCCUAGAGGACCCUCAGGAGAUGGGUGACCCUGUGCCUUAUGAGAUCAUCAACAACUACUUCUCCAUUGGAGUGGAUGCCUCUAUUGCCCACCGGUUUCAUACGCUGAGAGAGAAACACCCCCAGAAAUUUAAUAGCAGAAUGAAGAACAAGUUGUGGUAUUUUGAGUUUGCCACCUCUGAGACCAUCUCUGCUUCAUGCAAGAAACUGAAUGAAUGUCUUACAAUUGAGAUCUCACGGGAAUAUACCCCCUAGGGACCUAUCCUAUAUGGAACCUACCCUACACUGUAUUGUCCCUCAUGGAUCUCGCGGAGGAAAACCUCCACUCGGGACCUAUCCUUAUGGAACCUUCCCUACACCUUAUUUUUACCUGGAUCUCGCAGAGGAACAUCUCCACUCGGGACCUAUCUUCAUGGAACCUAGUCUACACCAGAUAUUUACGACCAGUCAUUACACGGCAGGGUAGCCUAGUGGUUAGAGUGUUGGACUAGUAACUGGAAUGUUGCAAGUUCAACCCCUGAGCUGACAAGGUACAAAUCUGUUGUUCUGCCCCUGAACAGGCAGUUAACCCACUGUUCCUAGGCUGUCAUUGAAAAUAAGAAUUUCUUCUUAACUGACUUGCCUAGUAAAAUAAAAAAUAAAUAAAACACAAUGGACCUACUGAAUAAAGGUUUUCUAGGUCUUCUAGGUCCUAUAAUUGUUCUGCUUACGAUUCUCAUCUCCCCAAGGUGUCAGAAUUAGUGAUAACAGGCGUAGGAACUGUGCCUACAUUAUUUCUGGUGCCGGCUCCUGUUUCUCUGAUUCGGAAAUCUCUAGUUCAACUGCAAAUCGUGGCGAAUCCCUUUCGUGACGCCAACUGUUAGGUUCUAAUUUUCAGAGUAAAAACUCAACGGGCAAUUUGAAAGCUCAAACCAAUUUGAUUCUUUCUAGAGGGUCAAUACAGCUGCAUUAGACAAGGACAUAUUCACACAAGCACUGAUAUUUAAACCUUUCUCCCAUGCUGAGUCUCCUCAUACACAUCUGAACAAACAUUGUAUCUUUAUUGCUAGGCAGGAAACUUAGUGAUACGAGCCAUAAACUUUUCUUUCUCCCUUAACGUGACCUGAACUGACCUCGACCCCCUUCAUCACUAAUCCAUGGCUGUCUCCACUUAUCAAUGCCUUCCACAUGUGAUCUCAUACCCUACACUCAGUACAUUCCAAGCUUCACUGCACCCACUAUAUACUUUCCUCCUACAGAUAGCCAUUAACCUCUGGUGUAGCCCCACGCCUAUGGCACCCCUCAGGUAUCUAUUACAACUAAUGAUGAAUAACAUUUCAAGUUCAGAAAUACAAACCUAUCAAUGGAAAAUAAUGCUACUCCAUGAAAGGUGAGUUCCGUCGAUAGUCAGCAAGCAAGCAUAUAUUAUUUUAUUACAUGAGGAUUGUGGUUAACACAGCUGACCUGAUAGUUAUGUGGUAUGUUUCGCUCAUUAUGGCAUCUCAUUAAGUUGCACUGUCUGCCUGAUGUUGUA